GAGCUCUAUGAGCGCUGUGACAGACUGAGGCCCAGUCUGUUUAGGUUGGCCAGCGACACAACGGAUGACGAUGCAGCUUUAGCACAAAUCCUGGCUGCAAAUGAUGAGCUGACGCUUGUGGUGAAGGCUUACAAAGAUCUAAUGGCAAGAGGAACAUGUAAUAAUGAAAGAUCAAGAAGUAAAAGUGAAGAAGUAACCAGCAAAAAUAUCUGUUCGACGAACCGCAGAGAGAUUAAGAGCUACCACCUCAUUGAUCUAUCAGCCUUGGACUCUCCACAGAUCCAAAGGAAAGCUGAUUCACCGCCUUCCUUCGAAUCUUCCUCACCCGUUUUUUCUUCUAAUUUGGAGAACGUGUUUUCUAUGGAGCCAGACUUUGAGUUUGAUGAUUUGCUCACCAAACAAAUCCAGCAGAAUUCAAAGUCAUAUUACGAGGAACUAAUGCAGAUUGAUAAAGGCUGCCAGAUGACUAAUGGCAUCCAGAAUGGAAGGAGAGAAAUUUUACUCACAGCCCGUGGAUGUGGAGAAAGCAGUAAUUUAUCAGAUGGAAGAAAUGUCUG